AUGAAUGAACUGAACGCCGCUGAAAACGAGACGGUCACCGUUAUUCUCGAGUCUUUGCGAUUAUUGCAGGACGUGGUGCUUGGAGUCGAACAGGCUCUGUUUAUGUACACGGUGGAGACUCUCUCAAAUCGCUACGCUCGUAUAAAUCAGAGUCUGAAGACAGUUGAAGUGCUGCUAUAUAAAGGUUACAACGUCCAACGACGUGUGGAAGAGCUGGAACGUUUUGCUGCAGCUGUAACUCAGCGUCCCAUUCGGGUCACUCUGGCCGGACUGAUGACAUUACACCUCCGCACCCUCAUCGGGGUACGUUUAUUGAGACAAGCUACCGGGGCAGAACUUUUCACAUUUCAAACACCAGUUGGAACGAUUUCCUCGGCACUAGGGUGGGCCGUGAAACACGAUUUUACAAUAUUGAAGACGUAAUAGCGCGCAAAAGUUACUUCCUGGCAUUACAAACUGAACGUGACCUCGGCCAGGUCUGUAACUUAGGGCUUAACCCUCGCGCAUCGACGUUGAAAAUUCGAAAUUUUGGCUCUUACGAAGUUUCAGUUGAAUCGUUGCAAAAAAUGCGCCGGUUGUCCGAAUGAUGUUCCUGCGACGAAAAUAGAAUCGUCUGGUCACGCUUUUCAGACCACCGAA